AUGGCGAUGGCUGAGCCAGAAAACACAGAGCUCUCGCGAACGAUCGAAAAGGAGCUUCUGAAUCAGGUGAGUGAGAGUUGGGCAGAGCAUCGGCAUAAAGCCUUGAAGGAUCUCUAUGCCGGACAACCGCCUCCCACAGGCCGUACGAACUCAGUGGAAAGGCCACAGACUCCCAAGUGGCUCUUCAGAGGGCACAACUACCAUGGCACCAAGACCAAGGAAGAGCGUGACAAAAGGGUGCUUGACUCACUAGCAGCUGAGCGGCUGGCAGCUAUUCCCAGCUCUCGGGGUGAUGAACCGACGGAGAGUGUCCACACACAAAAGACGCCGCCGCCUCCUGGAUUUGGAGGUGGAACGAUGCAGGACUGGGCCAAGCACAUGAAGGCAUUGCCAGGUGGUCGAAAUUGGUUGGACCGAUGA